AUCAACAACAUCCGUGACACACGACUACAUUCCCAGCCUCCAUAUGGCUUCGGCCACCAAACAAGGAAAUGACACACCUAUGGAUAUAAGACUCUUUGUUAGAAGACACAUGGGCAAAAAAUUUAAAUACGCCUUUGAAUUAUUUACGAAUAUUAGACUUGUGGAUUUGGAUGUGAAGCCGUCGUAUCUCUUGGACUAUGGCGUGGGGGACACAGCGAAGCUCGUGUCCUUGUUAAUUGAGAUGAAGAAUAUGACAUAUAUUACAAAUAUAUUAACUGUUUUACAACUUGGUAUAGAUAUCAUUAUAAUAAACCAACUCGUAAUUAAAAUGAUGCAGAAUUCAACCGCUGCAUUAGAGUCUAAAUGUACAAUCGUCGAUGUAAGCAAAACGCUCAAUUCACCACAAGUUAUGUCUGAAAGUGUUCACGUGUUUGACAAAUUGAAAGUGAUAUUUAACGAUAUGCCUCCAGAUUUUCAAAGAAUCAGACAAUUCACUGUGGACUGUAAAAAUGCCAACUUAACCACCGUUUUUGGCGUGUUGCUAGGUUACCCUAUCGUGUAUUGGUUUGAAAACCAGGACGGAUUGAUGGCGACCUGUUUGGACACGGAACCGCUCGAGAACUUUCGGGUUAUAGGUAAUAUUACUGAUACCGGAAGUGAACAUUGUUUAUACUCUUUCUCAGUCCCUAAAUUUGUUAUUGCUGACCUUCAAGAUAAAGUCACGGAAUGGUUCAAGGUCAUUUAUGACAAUACUAAUUGGAAACCUCUUUUUAGUGACUUGACCUUGACCAACACGACUGUACAGUUAGAUACCGUUGCUUUGUGA